AUGGGCAAUAUAUCACUAGACGGACUACAUGUACUGUUAUUCCUCUCAUGUGUAACAGCAGGUAAAGCCUUGAAUUUAUAUACAGCCUGUAGCAUCAGAUAUGUUUCGCGAAUAAAUCAAUGCGAGCGGGCGAAGAACGGUUCAGACAAAUAGAAAUUCAACUGAAGGUCAUAUAAAUCGCCAAGAUUUAAGGUUCAAAUUUAAUAAGUUAAUAGGCUCCAAUCAACUCAAUCCAAUCCAACUGAAUCAAGUACUGUAAGUUGGUUAUCUAGUGGUUUUAGAGAGGAUAUGGUGAACUCGUUUUAUAAGGACGUGCCGAACCUCAAACGUAAGCGGAACGUUGUCGGCUAGCUAUAGAAGGCGUCAUGUGGGCACUCAAUCUGUAUAGGGAUCAGUGGAACAGUGAAACGGGUGCGUGAAUUGCUCUUUGAAAACCUUAGUCAAACCUCUUAAAACACGGAGCUAAAAGUUUCGUCCGUCUGUUUACCGGUAACCUUGAAAAUUCAUUAACCAUUCAACUGACUGCAAAAACGGACAAAAUUAAAAUUAAUAUUACCAUAAUAGAUACAGCAAACAACAGUAGAGUGACAUGGUAGGCAUACUUCAUUCAGUAUGAGAGAAACAGAAAAACGCCAGAAAAAAAGGCGGUGGCUUAUCCAAUAGAGGUUACCAAGGCAGUCGCAAUCGGAAAAAGUUAAAGCCGGGGAGUCUUGUGUUGUUAAAAACACAUAGCUCUAUGUUAAUUCUUUUCUGAUAGAUCCUCGAUUAAAAAAUUCCUCUGGCGAAGUACGGUCUUGCAUAAUUUGAAAUCCUGGCUCAUUUUUUAUGGAGGUUGUCUUACCGGAGGAGGAACUCUAGAUCUUGGAUCAUGGGUGAGAAACAACAACGAAUUUAACCUUUUCUGCGAUCCCCUGCAGGAUUCGAGCCCGGCACCACCCACAAGGUUGGAGACGAGUGCAACGGGCCGGCUUUUGGGAAGACUGUAAUACUACCCAUAGUUACCCUCCUCUAUCUACAGUGAAGCCUCUAUUAAGCGGACCCCCAAUUAAGCGGACACCCUCUAUUAAGUGGACACUAAGCCGGGUCCCGAAAUGAACGUCUGAUAUUUUCUUUUAUAACGAACCAUUCAGCCGACACCUCUAUAUUAAGCGGAUGCGGACACUGAAAUAAGGUGUAUUUGGCUAAUCUCUAUUGUUAAAAACCUCUAUUAAGCGGACACCGGACUGAAUUGACAAUAGUGGUAUUGGAUUGCGUCCUUGAAAUACGGACUGAAGUCAGUUAAUACUUUUGCGUUUACAAACAAAUAAAAGUUGGUAAUGAAAGAUAAUGCCUUAUGAACUUGAACUCUGGAUAGCUUCUUUAACAACAUGCAACUUUAUCACAGUACAGAGUAACCGUUGAAUGUUCAUCGUUAACAAACAUUGCGCAAUUUUUACAACCGCUGUUAGACGGACACCUAGGAAGGUCCCGAAGGUGUCCGUGAAUAGAGGUUUCACUGUAUGUACUACCAAAACAAUAAGUAGACCGCGAAUUCAGAGAUACGCGUGACAGUUGACUUCGGCGCCAGACGUUCACGACUCGGGUUACGUGGCUUUGUUUGUCAAACCAAAAAGGUGAACUCGCGUGGUCACAUUCUGAGCGUUUGAUAGGUCAAAAGAAGGCCAAAUCGGAUAAUGGUGUUCUCUAGCCUGCGUAGCUGGCGGGAUUAGCAGGCGAGUGUAGUUAUAGUAGUAUUUUGGCGGCCACAGCCGCGCGAAGAUUGGGAGCAAAUCAAUCCAAAAAUCAAAUUGAAACCCCGCCAGCCCUAAUUCUUGGGUCGUUUGAAUAGGCCGAAAAUCAAGGCGUACGGAAGUUUCUGAUUGGCUGAGAGGCGGUAACACGUCAAUCAAAUGUAAUGGUAAUCCGGCUAGUUUCCCCCAAUGGAAAGUUCGGGAAUGAAAUGAAAUUGAGCAAACUAAAAAGUUGCUAGACUGUCUAAAAGUCCUUUCAAUUCAACAAUACAACAAAAUAACUAGUUAAAGAAUUAAAUUAACUAGUAAAUAAAUGUUCUUUUUGUAUCGUUUGCAGUUUAUUCACUGCAAUGCUAUAGUUGUACCCUCGAGGAUAACCCCGAUGCACUCAAACACUGCGAGUUACCGAAAUAUGGGCUUGGCAAUAACACAGUCGUCAGCUGUUCAUCGGGUGAAGAUCGUUGCAUCAUCGUAAAAACAUUUCGCAAGGACGGAACUGUGACCACCUUUAGGCGAAGUUGUUCUGCAGUUGGAUCAUGUUCAAACAACUGUGCGUCCCCUGAUCCAGAAGGGACAGCUGUGUGUGACUCUUGCUGCGAAGACGACUUGUGUAACAAGGGAGAGGGACCAAAGGCGUCUGAAGUGUCAGGGACAUCGAGGCUUACAAUAACCAUGGGCUUGUUCAUGUCUGGGGGUUUUCUUGUGUGGUUCUUGUUGUAACGUAACCCUAUGGCCAUUAACGAAUUUAUAUGUACCUUUAAUAGACGACUUCGUAGAAGAAUGAUUCUAGGACAUAAAGACAAUUACAAAUAGUCAUUCUGCAUUGUGGUUCAUUCACGUAAAUUUCUAGAGAGGGACAUGUCAAUGACGCCAGCUGAAAAUUAUGUUGUACCAUAAAUCUUAUAGUCUACGAGUAGUCUUUUAAAUCUGAAGAACCCCCGACAAAUCUUACAACAGACUUUACUUUCUCAUGUAGCAUGACCAAGCAGUUAAAUGACAUGGAUAUUGGGUGGUCACGUGCGGCAUUUUUCUGCACGAUUACUCUUACUCCAGCCUAGUCCUUAGGUGUUCUCGGCUCGGUCAACCCUGGAUUCUACCGUGAGCUGUGACGUUGCCGAGAGAUACACGCCCGCUCUUUCGCAGACUUCUCGUUGACAACGGGGCAGGAGAGAACGCAUAGGGACUAGCCUGCUCUUACUCAGUUCCAGUCCAGAAUUUGUAAACGCUGCGUCUUCUUAAAUCCUUGCACAAUUUUAGACCAUAAAAUUAUUUUAUAAAAAUUAUAUUUUGGACCACAACGAUUCAAACUUUUUAUCGGGCCUUAAGCAAGUGCUAUAACUGAUAACCCGGAGCGAGCAACUCCCUUGCAAUUGUGUCCAUUCAAUGGCGUUUUCAAAGCCCAGUUUAUUAGUUUUAGAACGCCGUUUUCGCGCGAGUUUUGAUUGUAAUUCUUACAAAUUGUUCAGGCAUAAAAACCUAAAGUAUUUCUGACUGCAUGUACUUCUUCUUUUGGUAAUUAAUUUACUAUGGAUGCGAACGCAUAUGAAACGGUGUUUCCAUUUUCGCGUGAAAAAGUGCUAAAAAAUGAUGCAAGAAAUAACUUGAUUUGUUCAAAAGCCGUUGCAUAGGCUAAGUAUGAGAAUUGCACUCUCCGGGUUAUGGGCUCCUGACUUCCGCAAGUUGCCUAAUAACAGAUCGACAUAUUUUACAAGCUUUAAAAGCUUUUAUUUUAUGUUAAUUAUAUGAUUUUCUCUUUUAGGUCGCAAAUGCGACUUGUUUCAUUUGUUUCAUGUCAUUUGUCUGAAGCAGUUGUGCAUUUGUAACUCAAAAAUAAACCAGCUUAGAAAACCAGUCAUUGAUUAUUAAAAUUUCUUUUUACAGGUAAAAUGACGUAUCUGGUUACUUUGUCUGUCGUGUCGAGAUUAAAAAUAUCCUUACAGUUUUUCCCUUACUGGCAACCGCCAAAUUUCACCCGGCCAAAAAGUAUGAGGAAGUUCAUUGCUGUCUGA